CGAACCCCCUGGGGCAUCGCCACAGAACUCGCGUGUUCUACUGCGACGCGCUUGUAGCCCGGCGCGCCGAGUAGUGUAAAGCCCGGCCGCGGGGGCGACCAGGUCAUAAGUAUGAAUCCGCUGCGGCACUUCCUGGAGGCGCAUCCCAAGUACAACCCCGACCAGACCACGCGCGCCGAUGACCUUCGCCAGGCCCAGAACGAGCUGCGACGGUGUUCGCGAUGCGCGGACGGCGUGUCCACCAACCAAGCGCGGCUGCCGAAGCAGGAGGUAUGCAAUGCCAAUGCAAAAGUAUCGUACUCGUAUAAAUGCAUUACAAAUUUCCUCAGGAUGAGAAAUAAAAUUUGUAAUGCGAAUUUACCUUAAGAUGAAAAUUUCUAAUGCAUGACUGCAAUACGAGUACGAUACUUUUGCACAGGAUAGGAGGGACCGUGGGACGAUGCUGCGUGCAUCGACGAGCUGGUGCAGAACAUGGACGACCACGUAUCAAAAGGAAAAAUUCCCCCUCCCCAUAUCAAAACGAAGUUUCUGAUGCUGGAUUUGCGUACACAAAUCAGAUUUGUCUUGCUGGAGAGGAUUGCAGGCCUAUACUAAGCCUGAGUAGAGAGGUUUUCUGCUAGACGCUAAGCAUGGCAAACGCCUAGUCUGUAGGGCCAACAGCAUCACAAACCGCCUGCAGAAUGCGGCGGAGCCUGUGUAGUUUCGGCCCUGCAAGACAGAGAUGAUUUGAGGUCACAAAUGAGCAUUACAAAUUUCCUGAGACGUGCCUUUUCGAUAUGGGGAGGGGGGAUUUUUGCUUACGAUACCACGUGCGGCUGAUGA